AUGGAGCGAAUUGGUUUUAAUUGGAGGGGAAAUGUCUGGUUGGGAAUUGCCCCUUUCAGAGAAUGUGGACCUGUGAAAUCUCAUUCGGAAUUCAGUAAGUGCUAUCUAACAUGCCCUCCUAUUGUUUUGUCUCUCUUUCGAUUACCUGCUUCGGUGUACAAGAAGCUCAAUGGUUUAUUCUCGAGGUUUUUGUGGGGCGGUUCUAAGGAUAAGAAGAACAUCCAUUGGGUUAGAUGGGCUGAAGUUUGCAAACGGGUAGACUAUGAUGGUCUUGGCUUCGUAGAUACAAGACAGAAAAAUCUUGGUUUCCUUGGUAAGUGGUGCUGGCGUUUCUGCAAUGAAAAGUCGACUCCCUGGAAACUUGUGACUACUGGGACGGAGGAAAUAUGGGCCUCAUUGAUUUAUUUCAAAUCCAAGUGGGAGACAGGAGAGAAAGGUCCAAUAUCUGAUUUCGGGAUUAAGGUUGGGGUAGGGUGGAGAUGGAAUAUCCUGCUUAGGAGGGAGGUUUUUUAUUGGAAAAGAUUGCAAUGGGAAGGUUUGUUGCGUUUGCUCGAAAGUUUUGCGAGUUCGGCUUCUCGAUCAGACUGGGUUAAAUGGUUGGGUUCGACUGAUGGUGUUUAUUCGGUGAAAUUAGCGUCGAAUUUAGCAUUUGACAGGGAGCAGAUUGGUUUUAAUUGGAGGGGAAAUGGUUGGUUGGGAAUUGGCCCUUUCAGAGUAGAAGCAUUUUACAGGGAGCAGAUUGGUUUUAAUUGGAGGGGAGAUGUUUGGUUGGGAAUUGGCCCUUUCAGAGUAGAAGCAUUUUUAUGGAGGGCUCUCCCACUCAGAGUUGCGGUUCAGGACGAUCGCUGCCCGAUAUGUUCAGAUCUUCCAGAAUCAUUCGAUCAUUUUCUGCAGGUGUGGUGUGAGGCUCUUCCACCAAUUCCGCCUUAUAAAUAA